CGGCAACCCUCAUCGCGCACCCUCCCUCUCCACCAUCCUCCACUCCAUCUCGUGCCACCCUCUUUGCACCAGCCCACCUCGUCUUCUUCACGACUCCCACCCACACGCUCAACCGCUGCACGCACGCACUUGCCCGCCUAGCCACCAGGACGCUCCUCUGCACCAGCACGCUGACACGCGGAGCCGCCCUCAUCUCCACUCACCGCUGCAGCAGACGGCCACCCCAACGCCUGCCAGCCUGCCUGCGUCUGCCCAACCUCAUCUCGAUUCAUCAUCAUCGCCGCGUCGCCUGCACGCGAACAUGACCACGAAAUCUCCAAAGACUCUCGUCGUCACUCUCAAGUUGCCAGCAGACUCCCUAACCAGGUUCGCCCGCCCGCCCACGCCGGCGCCUAGCGACCAAGCACAGCCUUCUCCAUCAACACCCACGCCGCAAAUCGUCGAGUCUGCGCCUGCCGACGACACGCCUGCCGACGAUACUCUCAUCAUGAACGACGCCAGCACCCCGUCGUCGCUUGCUCCCCCCACUGCCAAGAGGAAGGGGCCAAAGCCCGGCACCAAGCGGACUGCUGCUCAGAUGGAGGCUGGCUCCAACGCCGGAACUCCAAAGCAACCCAAGGCAAAGCCUGGUCCAAAGAGGAAGAAGAUGGGUGACAUCAUCAACGAUCCAAACUCCAAGCCAUCUUUUGCCGCUGCCCCAGCCAUCAACAAGGCAGGCCCAAAGGCAAACCUCGGAGCCAUCAACGAGCGCCUUCGCGCCCUUGACAGGUCAGGCGCAAAGUGCCGUCGCUGGGAGAAGAAGGGCUUCCAGGUUCGCAGCUUCACCGGCGUUGUCUGGCAGGUCCCUACAUAUCAACCCGGUCGAGCCUCCGCCUUUGCCGACGACGUCAAGAGCGACAGCACUGGCACCAGCGACUCCAAGCUAAAGGACGAGAGCAGCGCAAUUAGCGACAAGAGCGGGCUCAAUGGCGACAGUGCAUCAGUACAAACGCCCAUGAACGGCAUUGCCAGCUCGCCGGCGCCUAUAGCUGCUUGAACGUUCGCCAUCUCUCUCCUUUGUCAACUAUAUGAUGCACCCUGCCUCUGCCGCAGUCGUGAAUCGCUCUCAAUUUCUGUUGCUUGUUUUUCCGCGCAUUCCCUUUGUAUCUUCUGACCAUGUUGGGCGUUCAUGGAUGGCAUUGAAUGCCUAUCUAAAAGGCGUUUUCUUUCUUUGGGAGUAUAUCUGGCUUGUGUAAAGCAGGGGUGAAGCAAGGCGCAUGAGCCGGGGAUUCGAAUUGCGACUACAUUUGUACCGGAUAGAAGUGCGCACACGAAGCAGUGAAAAAGGCAUUGCUUUUGCCUGUCAUCACGGGCCAUUGAAAGGCUCAAAUAUUAUUGUCUAUUAUAUACCCGUUAUCGACCAGCCCC